GAUGACUUUGCUAUCAGCGUACGCAUUCCUGUUUGUCUUUCUCCUGCAUGUCUUUGAUACCAUAUGUAUAGAUUCAUCUUAUCAUUAUUUACGUGAUUCAUUGUUUGGUCUAUAAAAAAAUCACAAAACAGUAAAAGAUGUCCGUCACUUUCUCCCCACAGUCAAGGCGACAUCUUUGAAUGACGAUGCCACUAUAACUUUUCGAGGUGCCACUAUCACGUUGUUUUGCCGCCAAUGCGCCAUGUUGGCCGAUACAGACUGUUUUUGUUUUGUUAUAGCAGUUGGUAUACAAGACUCGAGGCAAAUUGUAUCCUUACAAUUUCAACAAUUUAAAAUGUUAUCCUUUUGGAUAACAUUCUGCCAGGCUGAAUGUGGUACUUUAAUGUGUGCUGUACUCAUUACUUCCCAUAUAUUGAAUUUAUUCAGGAAGCCCACACAUGCACACUUUGCACUGUGUGUGUGUGUGUGUGUGUGUGUGUGUGUGUGUUUGACACGCUUGCAUUUCAUCUCUUGAAUUUUGCAUUUAAUACUGUUUAAAAGGUAGACUGUCUAUGUUCAGUGCUGUUCACAAUCCAGCUCACUCUAACCACCCUCUUCUGUUUGGAGUGAGCAACAGUCUGAAGUCACACGUUGCCUUUGGUCUCUAUCGGCACAGUCACUGCAGCAUGAACGCCAUCUAUUGCCUCCCUGCAAACCAGCUGUUAAUAGUGCUGUACUCCCCCCUGCUGGUUGGAAAAAUUGUGAGCGGCCCACAUGCAUCAGGUUCUUCAUAAUGAUAAAAAUCACCUUUUUAGAUUUUUGAGAUUAGCAUGAACUAGUUCAUCUCUACUUUUCUUUAAAAAAAAAAUUUAAAAAAAUAUGCUGCAGCGGAGAGUGAGUCUGUGCUGGAGCUCCUCGUGUGCUUCGACUUGAGAAUCAGUGAUGUGAGAGUUAUUGAGGUCACAAAUCAGUUGUUGGAGUCGUUAACGUCAGAGAAAUGAGAAUUGUUAUGAAAGGAUUUUAGGAUGAAAGGACCAGUGGUAGGGAGGGUUGAAGAAGGGCUGGCAGGUUAAACUUCUCACAGGCAGAGUGAAAACAUACAUGUAGCAAAAAUAUAUAAUGUUACAGUACAAAUUCCUUAUUAGCUUGUAUAUCAUGUUAAUGGGAGUGGGUAUGAAUGACAUCAAUAGAUUUGUCCAGUGUGGAGUUGUUUUUAAAAUAGAGGGUGUCUGAUGGUUGGAAGAUGGAGUUGUGGAGGGGGUGUGAAGGGUCCUGUGUGAUGAUGGUGGUUUUACCUUUAACUGAGUUUAUCAUGUGCCGACUGGUCAGAGGUCUGGAGUGAAUGCUGUGAUGUGUGUUUUCAUUGAGCCAUGUUUGGAAGCAGUUUGUGAGAGGCUAUUUUAAGGAGCCUUGAAUCAAAGACAGGAUACGAGUCCCUCUAGUGGCGAAUAAUAAACACUACAUGACAGAGAAUAACUGAAAUCAUUUUAAAAGGCAAGAGCUUACGUUCUGGCUUUGUUAAACGUCUCUUUUCCUAGUAAGCAAUGAUUAUUUCAAAUUACGCAUUUUUCUCCAGUUGCAAAUGAAGCCAAAAUACUGUGAUCGUAGUACUGUUAGGUCUGUGAGCAUCACAUUGUGUCCCAACAAAGAGUUACGCCCAUCUUCUGUCACAGUUCCUCUAAAUAUUUGAGGAGAAUGGUAUGACGAAAGUUUAAGGUAGGAAGAAAAACAUAACUUGUUCUGCUGUUACAUGAAUAACAUUAGUGAAGCGCAUCAUGACCACAUCAGUGUGAAUUCCACUACCUCAUAAACAUAACCUUUGCUUCAGCGUGACACCGAACAAAACUAAUCAAACUCCUUCUGUCCUAAUUAAUACCGAACAGAGAUACAAGUUGAUGCAGACUUCACGUGGCUUGUUUAGUCUGAAUUUUUAUGCCAUGUCAGACAUUUUUUUGGGAUCGGCAGGGCACAACAAAUGAGAACACCGGGUGUGGAGUUUGGGUUUAGUUCAUGACAUUCUGGCAGAAAGUGAGCACUUAACAGGAAAACAGGUCUAUUCAGGUUUGUGAAGGUUUAAUUAGCAGUAAGGCAUGUGUUGGCUCUAGUAUUUGCCACUAGGUGGCAAUGUAUACCUACCUAGAAAAUAAUGGAGCAGUUAGUCUCUCAAUGUUGGUCUGUGAUUGAGUCAGCAGUUUUUUUUUUUUUUGUUUGUUUUUUUAAUGAGGUAGUAACUUUUUAAAGCAAAUCGGAUGUUUUUCUAUGAGCAGAGCUGCCAUAAUGCGGCUUCUUGAAUGUCAAAGAACAUGUAAAAUGGAGUCUCAGCUAAAUACUAUCGUAUGUGUAACAGUGUGCUACUCAGGAGGGAUGUCAUUGACUCAUCAGUUUUACUUCGAGUGCGGUAGAUUGCGGGUAACAGAAUAGCUGCGUAAAGUUGUCCUCGUUCUGUUGCAGUCAGAAUAUUUUGUCUGUUGACUGAGUAGCAAUGCUGAACCAACUGGUCUCAUUUUAUUUACAAAAUGUCAAUGUUACGUUCACUAACAUCAAGCAGAGUAGAAUCUAAACUGAUUAAGUGCUUAUUCAUAAGUUGGUUAAGAUAGUUCAUGAGGUUGCAUCCUUUAUAAGGAGCUCCCAAGUUCAGGUCCACUGACAGAGAACAUGCAUCUCCAAUCAGUUUAAUCUGCUUACAAUUAUGAUGUCUGUUGAUCGUUGUAGUGGACUUCGGCAUUUCUUUCCACAUAACCACAAACCUUUCCUCUAUUAAGCUCCUUGGUACUUUUCGUUUUGUUUGUUGUCACCAUUUUCAAGAGUCUUAUCAUACUCGCUAAGGCAGCUUGUAAGGCUGAAGACUGUAAAUGGGAACGGCAUUUAUUGCCAGAUAUUAGACGAAGUGGUGUGACAGUGUUGAGACUUUCUGUGUUGGCCUGUGAAGAACUACAGGAAACCGUUGGUGUCUGCAGCUAAGCUGUGCUUUUGAUAGCGCUGCUGUCGUCACAGAUUUCGGCCCUGACGGUGGAGUCGUCGUCAAUUAAUCCACUCACUGCUCUGUCCUCCUCUCUUCACUUGUAAUCUUGCAUGCACACACACACACACACAAAUGAGAAGGCAGAUAUAUGGGUCAGGGCUCGCAGCCAAAUCUUUCCAGACUUAUUGAAAAAUUAGGCAGAGAUGUUAAAAAAACGCACAGAAAACCAACGAGGACCAUGAUUCUUUAUCUUUGAAUCCAAUUACAAGUCAUAAAUACGGACUCUGCUGGCCCGCAGUGACCACAUAUGAUUAAUAGAAUCGCUUUGCCUUGAGGCAACAUGGACAUUCUUGGUAUUCGGAGAUGUUUGGAAGACUGGAACAAAUCGAGACGGGCGGUAACAUCAGUUUUCUGACCGUUCAGUGACCUGUUUUCAGGGAUCCAGCCCAAAUUCACAUAGAAUUUAUGAGAUAUCGUGUAUUUCUAGAGGUGUAUAACCAUAGAAAAGUUAGUAAUAAUAUAUAUAUGUAAGGUAACAUUUUCUAGCUUUGAACCUGUAUACUUUUACCAGUUUGUUUUGCAUAAUAACAGAUUUAUUCUUCCAUUUACAGCAGCUGAGCUGUAGAGGAAACUAUGUCAUGACCACCCUGAAGGACCACAAACUAGCUUUAACUAGCUUUGCAUGAAACGUGAGCUUGGUGACACUUUGGGAGUUAUAGUAGGUACAAAUGACAGACAAGGGAGACCAUUCGUCAACGUAUAUACCUCAUAAGCUCACAGAUAGACGGAUGGUGUUAAUGUUGUCGUAUACGCUACAACUGCAUCCAGCCAUAGCUGCUGGUGAACCGGCGGAGACGCCUGCAGAUCACGUUGGCGGUUUGUUUGAGAUGUGGACUGCAUGAGGGAGAGAUGACUCACUUGGUCUUGUGGUUCGGUGGAGUAUGAAGAGAACAGCCUCCUACCAGCCAACACAAACGCACCGUUAUCACUCUGUUAGCUUCAAGGUGUGCGCGUGCGUGUGGCUUUAUGACCCAGACAUCAGCAUGAGAAAUCUGUCCUCCCUCAGAUUCUAAAAGAUAAGCAAACAGAUGUUCAGUUCAAAUUGAAGGAGAUAAAUGGAACCGUUCUUAUCUUUCGUGAGGACCCUGAAAGACGUCAAACUGGCCAAAGCUGAAAAGAAACACCCCAGCUGACCUGAACAGCCUGGGGCACAACAGGCAUAUCUUGUUUUGAUUUUACGGUUAGUAUCAGGAUAUUCCUCUGUGCUUUAUGACUUUCAAGAUCCACUACCACUACCGGCGCCAUUGAAUAUAUAAAUAUUCUCUGAGGUGUUAUUGUGGCCUGUUUGGAAUAUACAUUUUGAGUUCCAGUGUUUGAAUUUCCACUUAAGUUAUAUUACAAAUCUCAAUUUAACUGCAGGUACAUUCUAUAAGGACAUAUGCUUACGUUCACCGUCCAACCCAACAACAAUGGGCCUUCUCUCCUCGUCUUCAUCGCUGCCGUCGGCAUUGCCUCCAUCCUCUGUAGUCUGGACUCUGAGCGCUGUGUUCUUUGGCUGCUAAUCCUGUUAAUGCCAGGUUUCACUCCACAUUACUCAAACCUUCUGCACACACACACACACACACUUAUGUAACCGUGUGUGUGAGAGAGAGACACACAGUGAGGGAGAUUUGGUCCCUACUCUGAAACAGGUUACUUUCUCUGCCAGUGGGUGUUUAAGUGACUCGAUAAACAAUGCAGAUGCUAGCAGUUUAUUCACAGAUAGCAUUGAGCAGGAUGUCUACCAACUAUGUCAUGGUUUCAUUUCUUUAGUCUUGAAUCAUUACAAGCAUGUUCCAGGACCCCUCCUGUGUUAGUUCCUGCAUGUUGAGCCCAUUUUCUAGAUGUCAUUUUCACAGUUCCUUUGUGUCAGUCAGACGGUCCAGUAGUCCUGCUAUGGUGUGAAGAGCGAGAGGAUACGUUUCCUUUAAUCAUGCAUUCAUAUGUAUUUUACCUAUCGACACAUUUGAACAUUUUUGCAUUUCUAUUGCAGAAAAGACAUUUCCUAAAUGGUGGAUCGAGGCGGUUCUGGCUCUCGCGGCUCCCUCCUUCUCUCCCCCGGUGGGUGUGCCUGAGUUUAGUACAGAGCGAGCACUGAGGACUUGCUGCUGUCAGCCCAAAACGCUCCAAUAGCACCUCCCGCUCUCUCUCUUACGUAUGGAGGCCAAAAUGGCCACUCAUCAUUCCUCCCUUGCCUCUCUGACUGACUCACUCAGUAGCUCUCUGUGGUUCUCCAUAGUCAGGGUGUGACUAUGGAAAACCACUGCCAGGGCUUACUGGUAAAGUCUAUGUGUGCUUUCCACUAUCAAACUACAAUUCAGCAAUUCAAUAGGCCUCAUCUCUGGGACAUGCCAGGCCCCUUUUAUUAACUUGCAUCUCUCCCCCCGAACACACAGCAGAGUGAGUGAGACACAAGAAUUAAACCAGAACCAAAACCCACAUGUAGGACUUGUCUCAUCAUAAUCAACAGGAUGUCUUUGCAAAGCAGUGCUAGUAUACAUUAAACCAUAAAUAAACCGUUGUGUCAUGCGUUGGGCUGACGUACAGCCUAUUAUCUGGUUAGAUCGCCUUACUCUUGAUAUUUGCAACAGUAGAUGAAGUGCAUUCAUAUUUUUUACAAAGUAGGCUUUUGUUUAGUCGACGACAUGCUCAUGGCUGCAUACGUUAACUUGUGUUUUCAGUCGGUAUUUAUUUGUGUGUUAUGCGCAUUAUUAAUCAUCGGAGGCUGGUAUCUAUUGUGUUGUUGUAGAUGCAAAAUAAAAGCAUCACGCUGAGACUGCACGGCCUGUUUUGCGCCUCGGAUGUGUUCAAUAACUAGUUUUGGUUGAAAGUUGGAUGGAAAUUGGCGAUAUUUCAUGUUGAACUGAUGAUGGCUCAGCAAUAGGUGUGUUGGGGGUCUAUCCAGGGAAUGUACAGCCUUUUGAAAUGUUUUCCAAUUUCCAAUUUCUUUAGUUCAUAAGCAACAGUGUUGCUUUUCCUGAUAAAAAGCGAGGGCCGAGGCUUGAUUCAAGAGAGUAAAGUGCCGUUAGCAGGCGGCUGUAUGUACGACCCCGGCCACAAGUCACGUGAUACCGAUUCACCCCAGCACAUGGAGUCUGUUAGGACAAGUGAAAUCCCCUUCAUUAUGCUCAUGCCUUACCUGUUGUUUCUUGGCCGGCUGUCUCUAAGCCGGCGGAGGCCCUGCGAGUGCACGUUGUGUUUUCUGUCUGCCGAGGCACUAAGCCAUCUUAAAGGGAAAAAUGACAAGAUAAGACCCGGAGGCACAGGGCUGCUUGUCUAUCACAAAGUGGGCUGGCACAGAAAACUACAAGGUGUACAAAAAAAAAAUCAUUUUCAAACUGCCCAACUAAACCAACCGAGUUCAAGAGUCGGGGCUGUUUUUGACGAGAUGACCAAACCAACCCAGAGAGCUUUUGACCUCUGUGAUUCUGACAACCUUUUAUGUGACAAGGCUAUGGUUGAGGCUCCACGUUGUUUGAUUGCACAUCCGUGUCCCCGGCUGCAGAGGGCUUAUGGCGUAGGAGCAGGGAAAUCACUGGGCCACAUGCUAAUCUAUGUUGAUGCUUUAUGUAACUCCCAGUAUCACAUGAUCGCACGUCACCACCCGCCCAGCUCCUGUCUGUACUCGGUAAUUCACUCGCUAGUCAAAUGGAUGACACAGACAGGCGGGAAGAAUGAGCGGCGCACACACACAAGUCAUCACAACCUGGCACGCUCCCGUUGAUUUCGCCCCCCCCCCACGCAGACGUAGGCCGCGACCCAGAUCCGCUCACUGAAUUUUAAGAAAAGGAACGAGUGGGGUGUCAGAAAACAGCCAAACAAAAGACGCUCGGGGAGGCCACUGCUCCGGUACUUUUGGAGUUUACGUGAUCCUGCUGCCGGACGGCUCCGUGAGAGUGCGGGGUGGCCAUGACGAGAUGGCAAUGAAGCUUUUGUUCCGGGAGCUGGAGCAGCAUCUCAAAAGCUCGUCAGGAGCCAGCGUUGUGGCUAUAGACAACAAGAUCGAACAAGCAAUGGACCUGGUGAAGAGUCACCUGAUGUACGCCGUGCGGGAGGAGGUGGAGGUCCUGAAGGAGCAGAUCAAGGAGCUGAUCGACCGUAACUCCCAGCUGGAGCAGGAGAACACCCUGUUGAAGACCCUGGCCAGCCCGGAGCAGAUGGCCCAGUUCCAGGCCCAGGUCCAGACCGGCUCCCCGCCGACCGCGGCCACACCGGGACCCCCCAGCAGCGCCGCCCUCGCCCAGCCCGCCUCGCACAGCUCUGGCCCAUCAGCGUAGCCGUGCUCUUCACAGACUGACGGACAGUUUUGUUUUUUCCCCAGUUCUGCUACAGCAGCAGAGCUAAAAACCCUUUGCCUUCUGCAGCAGGAGGUUCCGCUGUCAAGACAAGAAUUUGCACAUAUUUAUCUCUCAGAAGGAUGCAUCCGGUGGGACGAGCAGCACGGCGGUGGAGGGCGACGACCUGGAGAUGCUGCGUGGGAGGAGGAUUGAAUCAUCGAACAUUUUUGCCAAAUAACCCUUGGACAUAUCAACUAGAAUGUCAUACCAAGAAGAAACACAACUGCUUAUGGGUGGCGACAAUAUGCUUGGAUAUAGAUUCAAAAAAAAAAAUUCAAAAAAAAAAAAUCACUGUGCCUGUGUCUGGAUUUUAAGUGAUGUCGAUUUUACUGACGGCAUAAGAGUAGGAGGUGGCGGAUUGUAUUAGUUGUUACCUUUCUUUUUUGCUGAAUGAUGUAAAUAAAAGUGGUUCUCUCUCAAGGCUACGGUAACGUUACAGGCGUGGAGAUUUGAGACAGAGAGAGAGAGAAAAGCCUUCUCAGAGUGACAAAUGAAGAAUGUGAGCAAUUAUGACAAAGUCCCCAUCUGGGGGGGGGGGGGGGGGGGGGGGGGGGGGGGGUUAGGGUAUUUUGAACACUUGGCAGCGUCGAUGACGUUACUUGGGAUGAACCUAUUGAGAUGAAGAUAUUCUAUUUCAGUAUUUCUCUUUCAAAUCUCCUCAUUUUCGCCCUGGACUGAGCUCAUCAUUGCUGUUUUCUCAACCCUGUAGCGGCAUGUGAUUUAAACCUUAUUCGACAGGGUUGAGACAUUUGGGCUACGCUGCAUUUUUGUUUAUUUUUUUUUCCUAAAAGUUUGAUGGGCAGAAGAUGAUGUAUAUUUCUGUAUAGUGUAAGUACCAUGUAAAAUAAUGAGGAGUAAAACCAGAGGUUAUCUUGGUCACACAGGUGGAAGGUGCCAGUUCUUGCCCCGUCUGUGUCGUCUAUUUUUAAUGCUGUAUUUUCAACACUGCGGCUGGACAGGAGUUUAGGUUCUUCAACUGACGACACACACACAACAAUGUUGUCCAUAUCCCUUACUGCAACAUUAACUUACUGAAAAAAAUCACUUUCACGUUUUUUCUUUCCGGCGUAUUGCACCUUUAUGAUUUUUUUUUUGUCAGUGAAGUACUUUUGGAUGAACAAUAUCUUAAAACUCAACAUUUAAAAAAAAAAAAAAAAAACGCAAAUACAAACUCUGGAGAUGUUUUUUUUUUUUUUUGUUUUUCAUUCUGUGUAUCGGUUGUAUAAUAGUGUUCUGUGCAUGUUUCUGCAAAGACCGGAUGAGAUAUUGUAAACAUACAUACCACAAUUGCACUUGACAGCUGCACUCCACAACUUUCAAUAAACAUGCUUAAGGAAGAA